AUGAGUCCCAGCGUGCUAACGCAGUCCGCCGUCCCACUCCCCUCCAGCCAGCGCUGUGAACCUGGGUCCGUCAACCUCAACAUCGCACAAUGGCCCAAGAGAGCCGUGGACGGGCCAGUCGAUGCCUUCGGGACUGCCAAGGAAGUCGUUUUGACACUCAACUCGUACCUCGGCAAGGCCCCUUCAAAGGAGGCUGCUGAGGGUGUAGCAUCUCUGUUCAGCGACGGCGAGUGCUACUGGCGGGACCACCUUGCCUUGUCAUGGGACCUGAGAACUCUCAAGGGCAAGGAGAGUAUUGUGGAAUAUUUGCAGGACAACUCAAAUCUCACCAAGGUAGCCGUAGAUGCGUCGUCAGAGUGGCGUCAGCCGACUUUGACGGCCCUCAAUCCCGAACAGACGUCCAAGGGCAUCCUGUUCUACAUCACUUUCACUACGAAGCUGGGGUCUGGUCGUGGAGUCGUCCGUCUACUUGAGGAUGGCACGGGCUCUUGGAAGAUUUGGACCUUCUUCACGACACUCGAGGAGCUGAAGGGGUUUGAGGAGCCCGUCGGCCCACGUCGACCGAACGGUGUGCAGCAUGGCUACAACAGGGGCCGGAAGAACUGGCUGGACAGAAGAAAUGAGGAGGGAGACUUUAAGGAUCGAGAUCCGGAUGUUCUCAUCAUCGGUGCCGGCCAAGGUGGCUUGUCUGCACAUGCCAGACUAAAGAUGCUGAACGUUCCGACGCUGAUUGUCGACUUUAAUGAUAACGUUGGAGACAACUGGCGAAAGAGAUAUCAUCAGCUCGUUCUCCAUGAUCCAGUCUGGAUCGAUCACCUGCCGUAUCUACCAUUCCCCGAUUGGUGGCCUGUUUUCACGCCUAAAGAUAAGCUGGCCGACUUCUUCGAAUCUUACGCGAAGCUCUUGGAGCUAAACGUCUGGAUGAAGACGACCGUAGAGUCUGGCUCCUGGGACGAAUCACAGAAACGGUGGACGGUCACCGUGAAGCGGACACUACCGGAUGGCUCGGCCGAAACUCGAACUCUUCACCCAAAACACAUCAUCCAAUCGACAGGGCAUUCCGGCAAAGCAAACAUCCCCGACAUCAAAGGCUGGGAUUCUUUCAAGGGUGAUAUCAUCUGCCAUUCAUCUCAGUUCCCAGGAGCGAAGCCAAAUAGUCAGGGAAAGAAAGCCAUCGUCGUGGGCGCCUGCAACUCGAGCCACGAUAUCUGUCAAGACUACUAUGAGAAAGGCUACGAAGUGACAAUGGUCCAGAGAUCGACAACGUGCGUCGUCUCAAGCGAGUCCAUAUGCAAGAUCAGCUUGGCCGUCCAAUACGAGGAAGGCGGCCCCCCUACCGAGGAUGCUGAUCUUCUGUCCUGGGGUACGCCAUCCGAGGUCCUCAAAGCAGUACAUUACGAGAUCACCAAGCUGCAUCAGGAAAAGGACAAAGCCACCCUCGACGGCCUCGCCAAGGCAGGGUUCAAAGCUGACAAGGGUCCGGAUGACUGCGGCCUCUACAUCAAGUACUUCCAACGCGGCGGUGGCUACUACAUCGACGUUGGAGCAUCACAGCUGAUCAUCGACGGCAAGAUUAAGGUUAAGCAAGGGCAGGAGAUCACCGAGGUGUUGCCGAGGGGACUGAAGUUUGCAGACGGGACGGAGCUCGAAGCGGACGAGAUCAUCUUCGCGACAGGCUACCAGAACAUGCGCACGCAGGCAAGGGGUAUCUUCGGAGAUAAGGUUGCUGACAAGCUGGGAGAUAUCUGGGGGCUUGACGAGAGUGGCGAGUUCCGGGCUCUAUGGAGAAACUCCGGCCACCCAGGGUUCUGGUUUCACGGAGGCAAUUUGGCGAUUUGUCGGUAUUACUCGAGAGUUCUUGCUCUACAGAUCAAGGCUCAACUAGAGGGACUGGAAUAA